AUGGGUUUUGCCGGUGCCGGAAACACCAGCACCCAGACGACAGUGACGUUGACGACGACAGAAGACAUCCCUACGGCAAAUAGAGUAAUAGAAGGAAUUGUUCUUAGCGUUUUAAUCAGUGUGAGUGUGAUUGGGAACCUGUCCCUCUGGAUUGUGGUCCUCCGAUCCCGGGCGCUAAGGACAUUGACCAGCAUGUUUAUUCUUGGCCUUUCCACUGCAGAUUUACUGGUUGCGACAGUGAACAUGCCCUUGACCGUGUACACCCUAGUGAUGGGAGAAUGGAACCUGGGAUACAACGCAUGCGUAUUAGCAGGGUUUAUCAACAUGCUGACCUUAGUAACAAGCGUCUUGUCGUUAUGCAACAUUUCUUUAAAUAGAUACGUCAUGGUCUGCCACCCAUCGAAGUUCAAGGACAUCUAUACAGUUCGAAACGCUGUGCUCAUGAUUAUAGGUGUGAUCACCCUGUCUAUAUUGCUGUCAACACCGCCACUGAUUGGCUGGUCCGAGUAUGUGUACACGCCCACUCACUCUUUCUGCUUCGCUAAUUGGGUGAACCACAUGUCAUACGCCUUCUUUAUGAUUGGUUGCUGCUUUGGGAUACCGUUCAGUGUUAUGACCGUGUGUAAUAUAUGCAUAGUCCGUACAGUUCGAAACAGUCGACUAAGAGUGAGGACCAAUUCACGAAAUAUAAACUCGUCGAAGGAUUCAUAUUUUCAAAGAUCUCGACAUACUACUAUCAGCAACGAUGUCAGUAUUAUACACAAAGAUGACAAAGCAGACGAUGUCGAGAGCUCUUCGUUCAAUCUUUCUGGUAUACAAAAUAUGGACUCAAAAGGUAAAGUGUACGAAAGCAUCGAUAAAGAUAUAUCAAUCAUUGAAAUCGAUGAUGAAACGGCUGAGAACGAAACUUAUAUCAAUAACUAUGAUAUCGAAAAACUCGACAACAAUAAGAAUGACACAAAUCAAAACGUGACUAAGAAAUCAAACGAAAUAAAAAAAGAUGGUAUAGUGUUUCAAGUAACAUCGAUAAAAUCAGACGCCGGUCUAAUCAAAACAAUACCAGAGGAAUCUUCUACUGAGUCAAUGUUUCAAGUAAAGCCACGAGGGCACAAGACCAAUGCAACAAUGGACAGCAAAUCUUAUACCAACAGUCAGAUAGAACACAGUACAGGUCCUUUGAUGAAAGACACUUCUUUGUUACAUCCCUGCUGGAAAUCAACAGCGGAUCAAUGGGCUCGAAAUCCUCGUCCCCGGUCAAUUUCACCUGUAUCAACCUCAAAUAUGUCAAUCAAAAAAAGACCAUCCAGUUCCGUAUAUGUCAAUGUGACCAUGCGCCAAACACCACCGUUACGUAGAAGGGAGGAACUGCGGCUAUCAUUAUCACUAACUGUUGUUGUAGUCGUGUUUGUCAUAUGCUGGUUGCCUUAUUGUAUAUCUAUGAUAUUAUCUAUAUUUGCAAGCGGGAACAUUCCAAGAGAGUUUCACAUGUUCACCUUGCUCAUAGGUUAUGCAAAUAGCGGAUGUAAUCCCAUUAUUUACGGCGUUAUGAACAAGCGUUUUAAGGUCGGCUUUAAACGUCUGUUUUGUUUCUGGCGUAAAUCAUCAGAUUCCUCAAUCAGUAGCGCAUAAUGUCAACGCAUUGAGGUACAUGUAUUUCCUUGUACUGUCUUGUUCAGAAAUGUGAACAGAAAUAAAAUUUCGUGCUGUUCUUUAUUGUAUGAUUUGUAGAUCUUAGUAAGCAGACACUUAUAUGU